CAAUAUGGCCGCGACUCAGAGAUGUGCUUACUGAAAGUGAAUUUCGGUGUAACUUUGGCUCAAAGUCAAACUAACUUUUGCAAAGAUGGAUAAUUUCGACCAAACUGAAGAGCCGGUUAUGUUAUCGCCUCAGGGCGUAAAAAGAAGAGGAAAGCUGAAACUUACUCACGUAACGUAGUGAAAAAAGCGCGUCAUAGCGGUCAGGGAAAAGUUCCCUCCAUUGCUUGUGAACACAACUCAGGAAAAGUUUGUCAGGCAUCUGCACUGUCUACCGAGGGGUUAACCAAGAUAAACCGGGUGCUUUAUUCCACAACGGAUAAAGUAAAACAGGAUGCCACUCUGUUGUCUUGCAUGGAAAUCAUGCCAGUUAAACGGCGAAGAUCUAAAGUGGAUAAUCCAAAACAGAAAACAAGGGAUCUGACGGUCAAGUACUUCGUUCUGACUGAGACUGGAAAAAUACCUGUCUGCAAAGCGUCAUUUAUGAGCAUUUUUUGCAUCAAAAAAGAUUGCCUCUGCAACAUUGCCAAAUACUGGAUGCAGAAUGGGGUGACAAUGCCUGAAAACCACGGUGGUGCUCGCAACUCAAAUGAAAAGGCAGCCAAGAGACAAGUAGUGAGAGACGACAUCAAAACAUUUCCCUGCACAGCUGGCCAUUGUGCUCGCCGUGCUACACCUGGCGGAAAUAACAUCCGGAGAAUCCGCCCCUUUCUCACCACCUGCUCAACCCAGCUCCUGGUCCAAGCAAUGGUACUAUCCCGCCUGGACUACUACAACUAUCUUCUGGCUGGACUACCGGCAUCACUGUCUCUGUCAUUUGUUGGUUCUUUGUUUAUCUGUACUUGGGUAACAGACUCACUAGUUCCCUUGCUACAUUAAACUACCUAUUUUGAAACGAAGACGUGCCUGCAUUUAUUUUUCUACUUACAAAAGUACGGCGGAAUAAAUUGAACUCUUAAAAAUUCCACAUUAUUGGCGAGCCAGCCCAAAUCCGUCGUUCUUGUUGCGUUUUUCAAAAAAAAAAAAAAAAACUGGGGAGGCUGACAUUCACGUGUGACACUGGCCUACAGAAGAGACUUUCUUUUUUACGUUGAUGCCGAAUUCAAGAAAGGAUUACAGCAAGAGGAGGACUGUUUUGGAAGCCAUUUGCCAACGCUGAAGGAAAAACGGACUUGAAGGCACGGAACGGACCACGUACAUAUACACGACAUUUGGGGGCUCGUCCGGGAUUCGAGAAAGGGAUCGCUGAAGCUCCCGGCUCCUGGAGACAGAGGCAGAGGGUACUAGCCCCUUAAAAAGCUGACAAGCUAAUCAAAAGGUAAGAGUAUUUAACUAUUUUGUUUCGGAUUGGGGCACUGUCCCCUCUGACGUCCUCUCCCUGAACGCCGGGAGUGAAAUCCUCUCGUACAACUAACCCGGACACUAACACCGAAAAUUGAGGGGAAGGAAGCAGCGAGCUCUUCCGAAAUGUACGCAACGAACCGUGAGUGAAUUGAGUGUGGUAUGAGUGAAAGGACGUCAUAAAUUGUUUUUUUUGCAAAAUGUGUUGGAAUCGGAACUAGGAAUAAUGGUUGAGUAUAUUAGUUGCAAAAUGUGUUGGAACCGGAACUAGGAAUAAUAUUUGAAUAUAUUGUUGCUGCUGAAAGGUUUACACUGAUGCUGGUGUUUUGUUGCAAAAUGUGUUGGAACCGGAACUAGGAAUAAUAUUUUAUAUUGUUGCUGCUGAAAGGUUUACACUGAUGCUGUUUUUUUUAAAAAAAAGAGGUGCCAGAGACUUGGGAGGAGAGAAACCCAAGAAGGGCCACCUGCAAGAGCUCUGGUAAAAGCGUUUGUUGGAAAAAACACUGUCCUCUGAGGUAUAAAGUAAGAGAAAAAAUUGUUGGUAAGGUAAAAUAUUGUUAAAGCUGUGCUUAUGCUUAGAUUAGAUGCUUGUGCUUGCGCGGAAAUAACGUUGUAUUGAGGCAACGGAGGUAAAAAUUGUGAUUUAUGUGUAUGUACAACUAUAAAGGAGAAGGGUGAAAAUUAAAUGAUAAAGUAAAAUAAGAAAAGAAAUGGGAAGUGUGUAGAAGGUGUGAGCGGGGGAAAAUAAGUAAAGAAACAAAGGUUAAAUAUAUAAUAAUAUAUAUAAUAAGAAAUAAAAUAAAAGUAUUAGCCUCGGCUGAGAAAAAAGGUUAUAUAAAGUAUUAGCCUCGGUUGAGAAUAAAGGUUAAAUAGUAAAAAUAUAUAAUAAAGUAUAAGUAACAAAUAAAAUAAAAGUAUUAGAAUAAACAUAAAAUAAUGGAAAAAGAAGAGAAAACGCUGGUUGAAAUAAUCACGGGAAAAUAUCCUAAAUGUGAACAGGAGAUAGAAAAUAUAUCAGAAAAAUGGACAAAAAGAACUAAAAGAAUGGCGACAAAAUGGCCUAAAGAGGGUACGUUUGAUAGGGAAAUAUGCGAUCAGAUGGGAGGGGUAAUAGCAAAUUAUAGAACAGGAGACAAGUCAGAAAAAAGAAAGCUAAAAAGAGAACAGGAAAAAACAAUUUUAGGAUGGUUUAGGUCCGCUUCCCUAGAAAAAGAUGUAGGAAUAAAAAGGGAUUGCAGUGAAAUAAUGACUCCCCCUCCGUAUGCCCCACAGUCACCGGGACAUACGGUGAUAAAAGAGAAAGGCUUAUACCCAAUAUGCCUGGUAACAUCUGCAGCGGCAGUGUAUCCGGUAGUAAAGGGACAGGUUCAAAUAAAAGGGUGGGUAGAACAUGAGGAAGGUGAGGAACAGCUCGGGAUAGAGAGAGCGCGGCUCGAGCAAGAAAAGGAAAAAAUAGAUACAAGGGUAGCAGAGCUAAGGGGAGAAUAUAAGGAAGUGGAGGAAUUAGAAGAGCCGUUAAAGGAAAAAUAUAACCAGUAUGAUGAAUACCAUAGCCGGUUAAUAAAAAAGGCAAAAGAGAUAAGAGACACUGAGAAAAAACAGCGAUCGUCUAAAAUAUGCCAAAAGCCUGAACAGGUGGGGUCAAAAAGGGACGGGGAAACAUAAAAAACGCGAAACUGCGGGGUGGGGAAACAUUAGAUGGGAAAAGCUCCCGUAUAACACGUGGGAAGAGCUGAAGCAAAAAAUUACCAAGAGAACAGAUUCCCGAGAUAAACAUAAGCUAAGUUUAACAAAAGGCACUACAAAUAAAAACCAAAUCCCCCAAGCAGAAUAUAAAUUAGAAUACAAUGAAGGGGAGGAGGAGUUCUCCCCAGCAGAAAAAAGUGAGGCAAGCCAGGCAAGUAAUAGCGAGGCAGAAGAGUCAGACGGGGUAGAGGGGCCUGCACAGGUUGGGGGGGGACCUUAGCUGGGCGAUAUCAAAACGUAAGAGAAAGACCGCCAACCCGGCGUAACCCAGCAGCAGAAGGAUAUAGCCAUAAUGCUAAAAAGCCCAAUACUAUAGCACCAUUGUUGAUUAGGGAAGGGGGUGUACCCCGAUACAUUCCCUGGUCCAGCCAAGAUAUGCAUAAUGUAAUAACCAAUCUCCUUGAUUUGCAGAAUGGAGCGAGCCACUGGAUCAGGGUGCUGGAGGAGGAGAUGAUGGGCCGGAUCCUGGCUGUGGGGGACCUGAAGGCUCUCCUGGGAAAGGUUGUGGGGAUGGAAACAAUGCUGGACAUAUUUGAGCAGGCUGGCUUUGACAGAAACCAUGCGCAGUCUCCAGCAGUGGACGGUGGGCCGUUUGAUAACGUGCGUGGGGUUGUUUGGACUGCUCUGCGAGCCCUGUAUCCCGCACGACCGGACAUAACGACCUUAACGGGACCGCCGUUAAAAGACAAUGAACCACCGGCAACAUACAUCUACACGCAGUUGCGCAGGUGGAGAUUGAUAACUGAAAGGGACGUACAGGCAGAUCCCAUAAUGACCACCCUCUUCCGCAAAGCCAUCCGGGAGGGGAUGUCACAGGAAGUGGGGCGCCGCCUCGAUGAGGUGGUGGGACUGAACACCAUGACACACAGAGAGUUUGUGGAUCACGUGGUGCAUGCUGUAGAAAGGCAGCGGAAAGAGGGGAAAAAGCUGGAAGAUCAAACAAAAGACAUUCAAAGGAAGCUACUGCAGUUGCAGCUGGAGGAGCUGAGAGCCAAAGAAAAAAGGGUGAAAGAAAUAAAAGAGCUGGAUAAAGAAAAAGAGGCGAAAAAAGUGGCAUCUGUGAAAAUACAGAAUAUGGACAAUGGAUUCUUUGACUUUGAAGCCACCCGCCCGCCUGAACCAUGGAGCAGCCGGAUGGUGCCCCAGCCGACGGUGGUCUACGACUUCUCCGGCAUCCCUCACCCAGUGGCCAUGCAAGGUAAUAUGAAAGGGGGGGGCCCACAACCGGGUGGGAAUCAAAGGGGGGGAGGGCCAGGGAAUGGUGGUCAAAAUAAUCAGUGGAAAGGGCAGCAGAAUCAGAAUAACAACAUGCAAAAUAGAAAUUGGAACCAACAGAGUUUUCCUAAUCAACAGAGACAGGGCCCCAUAAUUUGCUAUGGAUGUGGUCAGGAGGGGCACAUAAAAAGAUGGUGUCCAAACACCCAAGGGAUGUACCCAGGUAACCAGGGGACCUGGGUACCUAAUCAGGCUCAACAAUUGCAGGGUUACCCCAACUUGGCCCCACCUCCCCAGGCUAGGCCCCCAUAUCAGAGUGGGGGACCUGUAAAUUACCAAGGUGCCCAAUAGGGGUGCCCAGAGAACCCAGGCAGAGUAGGGCAGCAUGUAAUGAUAACAAACGGGCCAGAACAAGAACCUAUAAUAAAUGUACAAAUCGGAGGAAAAAUUGUCCCUAUGAUGAUAGAUACUGGAGCAACAUGUACAUGCAUUAGGAAAGAAUAUGUCUCACAUCUGCCACUGUCGGGAGAAGUUAUUCAAACAGUAGGGUUCUCUGGGAAAACAAUGUUAAGCCCGACCACAAAACCGGUAUUAAUAAAAAUAGGCGCAAAAGAAGCAAAAUUAGAGGUAGUAGUAUGCAAAAAUUCCCCCGUAAGAGAUGCAAUUCUGGCCUUAGGACUAGAAUUAAACUGUGAAGGAGGGGGCAUAGAUUUAACAAGAAUGUACUAUAUGAGAAGUGAAAACCUCCACAUGGCAAAUGUAUAUUGGGUAGGGGAUAUUAAGACGCAAGUAAAAGACCAAGUGUGGAGCACUUGGCAAAAAUAUGUUGAGGCUCAGAUCCUGCAGGCAACUGAGCCAGAAUAUGACUUACAUUGUACUAUGAGGUUUGAUCCCUACCAGGACCUAGAUCUAGAAAGAGAGUGGAGUAAGGGAAAAGGAGAAAGACAAUAUUUGGUGUCAACUGCGCUCCUGAUAGGACAGGAAGGAGCAGCAUUAAACAUAGCAAGAACCCCAUGGAUUGAGCAGUGGUUUCAGGACGAACGUGCGGCCCCACACAUAACGUUAAAAGUCAAUCCAGGGUACAAAGCUAAGGACUUAGGUCCUAUGGUUAAGAGAGCAGAAGAGCUCCAGUUCAGGCCAACAGAAAAUUCUUUAAUUUGGUGCACAGCAGAUCAAAAAAUGAUCAAAAUUAUGGUAAGUGCUCAGAUGUGGGGAAAGCCCCAAUUGGUGAGGGUACCGUGGGAAGAGGGUACAAAACGAGAAAUCUCAAAAGUGUGGUGUUGCAAUAUGUUGAUGACUUAUUAAUAUGUGCAGAUACAAAAGAGCAGUGCAUAAGCGACAGCAUGAAACUGCUGGAGAAACUGGCAAAGGUGGGACACAAGGUGUCCAGAAGAAGCUGCAGCUCUGCUCUCAGGAGGUGAAGUACUUGGGAAGAGUAAUCACGGCUGGCGGUAAGAGAAUGUCAAAUAAACAGUUGGAGACAAUAAUGAAAGUUCCGCUACCACAGACAGUGGGACAAAUGAUGACAUUCUUAGGAAUGACGGGUUUAAGCAUGGAUUGGGUGGAAGGGUAUUGUGAAAAUACGCAACCACUAAGAAAGAUAAUGAAGGAGGUUAGGCAGGAAAAACUGUCGAAUAAAGGGCGAUGGGGAAGUUGGCUGGCAAAAAUAGGACUUGCAGUGGGGAUAACACUGAUAGUGGUAUCUGGUGUUGCUGUCUUGUAUCCUCUCUCUCUUGAGAUCCUCUCUCCACAGGGCUAUAGGCAUCCAAUUGAUGUCAUACAGGGUGACUAACACAGGAUCCAGGCGCCAGACGGGUGAUUCCAGUUUCCGGCGGAUGCUGUCACAGCCCAGGGAGACGGGGAGAGCGGAGGGAUGGCGGACGCUGUCACAGCCCAGGGAGACGGGGAGAGCGGAGGGAUGGCGGAUGCUGUCACAGUCCAGGGAGACGGGGAGAGCGGAGGGACUGCGGGCGCUGACACCAGUCCAGGGAGCAACAGCACCAACAGUGCCCCUACGGGUCCAGUACGAGAAUCGCAGGCCGGCUUUCCAGUGGAGUGACGCGCAGACCGCAUACUCUGGUUGGAAGAUAUACCAGGAGCCCACCAACUACGAGGACUGCGGCAAAUCAUCGUGCUACGAAUCAACGUGUUAAGAAACUGUGUAUGAUAACUUUGUUGGGUCACUUAGAAUAAUAUAUACAGCUUUGAUAUGUAUAAUCAAAUUUUGCGACUGGAGAGAGUGUUGGAGGAACCAUGGGAACAACGUUACAUUGAGGAAUCUGAUACAUUUGGAUGCUGCUAUGGCAGCAGGGGAUGCGCAGGCACCCAACGUAAUAUACAUGGGGUGGUG